UGAGGGCUACGCGAAAGGCAUGCUGGGAUUGAAGAUGUAAACAUCAACUGGCCCAGAAAAGGAGCUGCAGCUCCAAUACGUAACGAUUUGUAUACAGGGUACAUUUCCAAAGACUUUUCUCGGUACAAGUUAUAGCGGUUAGUUACGACGUACAGGAAUGUCACGUUUUCCCUGAAGAAAAAAGGAGAGAACUCCUGUUGAAACCGCAAUGUUACCACCGAGGAACUAGCGAGCUCGUGCUAACAUGGAUAGCUCGCUGGUUAGCUUCAUGCUAACGUAACAUUUUUUUUGAUAAACCAUCGUGUUUACGCUGCUUUCGUUUAAAAGGAAAUCCAUCCUUAAUCGGUGAUGAAGAUGGGAGUGAAGACGUUUACCCACAACUCAGCCAGUCAUAGCCAAGAGCUGUUGGACAAGCUCAAUGCGUUGCGCAGCGAAGGCCACUUCUGCGAUGUUACUAUUCGUGUUCAGGGCCAGCUAUUCUCUGCCCACAAGGUGGUGCUGGCUUGUUGCAGCGACUUCCUCAAAGCUAAGCUCUCUGGGAAACCAAGUGAUGACGAGUCCAGCACGGAGGACAAUAAGGCAGUUCUGGAUCUUCACCAUGUUACCGUAGCAGGCUUUGCGCCACUGCUGGAAUAUGCUUACACAUCCACUCUGUCUAUCAGCACAGAGAACAUCAUCGAUGUCCUAGCUGCAGCCAGCUACAUGCAGAUGUUUGCAGUGGCCAACACCUGCUCGGAAUUCAUGAAGUCCAGCAUCUUGUGGAACUCGUCACCAGCUUCCAACAAUACUUCCACUCUUCACCGGCCGCAGGAAGCUCCAGAAGGUGCCACGACUUGCACUUUGACUCCACUGGAUGCCCUAUCACCCUCGCCCGUAUCUUCAGAAUGCAGUGCACCCGAGCGGCCUGUGCCUGUGUGCCGUGAAUCACGUCGCAAACGCAAAGGCUUCGCCAGCCCGCAACCGACCUCCUCUUCCUCACCACAAGUCCCAAAUCCUUCGCCUUCAUCGUCUUCCUUCCCAGAGAGCUCUGCUCAGACCUUGGAAUCUUCCCUCGCUUUUUCUUGGACAUAUCCAUUUGGUGUAGACCGUCGCUUUACUUCAGAAAAGGCCAAACUUCCUGAGGGGUUGCUGGAGUCUAGUGGAGCAUCCGGACAAGACGGAGGCAGUCGGGCACUGGUGGAGUACUUGUCCUGCGAGGGCCCUCGGGCACUGGGUGUGGGUGGGACGGCUGUGGUAGAGGAGGAAGAGGAGGAUGUGCAAGUGAAGGUGGAGAGGCUAAGCGACGAAGAGGCACACGAAGAGGCAUCACAGCCAGUCAGCGCUUCACACAGCUCACUGACCGACCAGCAAACUGUGCCUGGCAGUGAGCACACCCAGGAGGAUCUGCUCAUCAGCCCUCAGUCUUCAUCCAUAGGCUCCAUGGAUGAGGGGGUGACCGAGGGCCUCCAGUCCAUCCAGGGCACCCCAAACACUACUGGCCACAUGGAGGAGGACGAAAGGCUGGAAAAUGUCCAGUACCCUUACCACCUGUACAUCAGCCCUUCCACACGCCCGGGACAUAAUGGGCCCGAGCGGCCGUUCCAGUGCCCCACAUGCGGAGUCCGUUUUACUCGCAUCCAGAACCUUAAGCAGCACAUGCUCAUCCACUCAGGCAUUAAGCCGUUCCAGUGCGACCGCUGUGGGAAAAAGUUCACACGGGCCUACUCCCUAAAGAUGCACCGUCUGAAGCAUGAAGGUAAACGCUGUUUCCGGUGCCAGAUCUGUAGCGCCACAUUCACAUCCUUCGGUGAAUAUAAGCACCACAUGAGGGUGUCCCGCCACAUCAUCCGCAAGCCUCGGAUUUACGAGUGCAAAACGUGCGGCGCCAUGUUUACCAACUCCGGCAAUUUAAUCGUACACCUGAGGAGUCUGAACCAUGAGGCAUCAGAGCUAGCAAACUACUUCCAGACCAGUGAGUUCCUCCUCCCAGACUACUUGAGCCACAUGCAGGAGGAAGAGGAGGAGAACCUGGCCCAUUUUGAGAUGACCGAACAAGCCUUUGACGUCGCCGCCGCCACCUCCUCCUCCUCUUCUUCCGUACAAACUCCAGUCAUCUCCCAGGUCUCCUCAACCAUGAACCAUGACUCCCGACCCUCUGCCUGCAUUUCCCAGAAUUCACCAGGCUCAAGAGUUGGCCACGGGAGUGAGGACGGAACAGCAGGGGAGGAGGCAAAAAAUGCUGUCACCUCGUUACCAGAGCCGGAGCAAGAGGAAAGGGAGAAAGAUGGCGAGGGACAGAAUCAAAAGAAAGCUCUUGUGUCAAUUACAAUCGAAUGAGAAGCAUUCCAUUUAAUUCUUUUGGAAUUUGUGUAUGUAUUUUACAGAUCUUGUGGCCUGAAUCAGUAUAUAAUGCUAAAGAAAUAAAGUGAACACUGGACUCUGCGUGGAGAAUGCAAGUUGGAAUACUUAUUAUAGUUGACUUUUUUUCAAAGCUUCAUAUGUAGUCCGGAAAAGUUCUUUAUAGGAAUGUUAUUCUUUUCAGUUGCUUUAUAUAGGAACAUAAGGUUAUAUGUAGUGGUUGUUUUAAAAAGUCAUUUAUUCUGAAAUUCAGACAUUGUAAGCUUGAAAUGUUUAAACAUUGUUUUUAACUGUCCUGUAAUUGAUUUUCUUUUUUUUUUUUCCUUCCCCUGAAGCUUUAUCAACUAAAUGUUGACCCUCUAUGAGGCCAUAUGUCAAAGAAUAUUGUGUACGAGUCAAAAGCUGUGAGAUGAUUACACCUUCGCCUUAUUCAGUCAAGCUGGAUCGUGCUAGACGAAGUGUAGGGAAAGUUUUUGGUUUUGUUUUGUUUUGUUCUUUUCGUCCCUUUGAAGCAAUUUGCUUAGUCUCAUAAAGCAGAGCAGUUUAACUGUAGCACACUGCAGCCUGAACUUUUGAGGCUAACAAGCUGAAAUGUGAAAGACCGUGCUACUAUUUCAUCUUCAUUCUUCUGCAGCAGAAGCAGUCCAGUACAAUGUGCCGUUUAGCCUAAUUUUUAAAACAUAAGCUUAGACUCCAUUUAAGGGAUCCUUCCUUGGUGGUGUCUCCUUUCUAACUGAGUAAAUUUCCUGAAUUUGUCGUGAUUUUUACACAGGAUUUUUCAGCGUUGAAUUGUAUUUGGGGUAAGGAAGUAAGAGAUGUUAAAAAUCACCCACUAUCUCAACAAAGCCUCUCGUUUAUUUUCUACUGUAUGUCAUGCUGCUAGAUUUUGACAGCUGUGCCUCACAACUAGAAACCAUUAGAAUAAGAAUUUCCUGUAAGGAUUUCAAUACAUGAAACGUUGAGAAAAAUGGAAGAAAAGUGAUGCUUCCUUUCCCCAAUGGCUGUAUAUGUUUGCUCAGUUGCACCGAGCAGUGACAUUUUUCUCCAUGACUAUAGUCAACUAAUAUCGUUUCAGUACAAUCUGUGAGACAUGACACGACAAAAUUGUGAAAGCUGUAUGUAGCACUUGCUCAAUUCGGUCAUUAGCAAACACACAGUAGUUUUUCCUCCCCCUUAUAUUUGACAUUGCACAAGGCAAUCAUUUGGCCAAAAGCUGCUCCAUGUGACCUUCUCAAUAAACCAAUCAUAUGCAUUGUGCAAUAUCCAGCUUUUAGAUAACACCCAUGUUUCCAAAUGUGGCUAAAAAUGUUAUUAUUCGUUAUUAUUAUAACGAAUAUUAUACAUCGUUAUUAUUAUUGUAAAUGUUUAUAUUGUUUCGUCAAGGCUUAUAAACAGUUAAUAAAUUCAACGACAAAUAAUUAGCAGGACAUUUUCAAACAAUUCGAUUUAUUUAGAAGGAAUUUUUAAAGCCCUUUUUUUUGAACACCAGAUCCUUUUUAUUCAUGCAGUGCACUUCAUUUACAAGAAAUGAAAGAAACAAACAAAAAAAUAAAAGCGUGUUACUAUAUAGGACGCAGUGUUUGAUGGCAUCUUGAUGGUGGUCAGUAUACUGACUAAAUACAUUCAGUAAAACCCUGCUUCCUCUAUCUCACCAGGGCUUUUGUGGUAGGUUCAAACGCCAGUGUCUAGUCUGAGUGUUCAUAGUGAUGCAUUUUCCAACACAGUAUUGCCUUCUGUAUCUGCUUUCUUUUUGUGGUAUCUGCAUGUUGUCCCGGUCUAAACAAAAUAAGAGCAAAAUUAACAUAGCAUGGGUUGAUUUUAUUUGUUGGAUGUUUUGGAUGUGUGUGGAACUAAAGUUUUUAUGUAAAAUAUUCAAACUUAUGUGUCUGAAAUGUUUCAACAGAGAGAAAACUUGGUGUUUUGAUGGUCAUGAUACUCUUUCUGAUCCUGCAUAAAUAAUACAAGUCACCUAAGUGAAAUUUUGUACAUUUCUUAUAGCAAUGUGAGUAUGAAUUGUUAUUUGACUUGAGCCUUGUAGUGUCUGCUUUUGUGACGAUGUCUUAAUGGUAUUUACUCUUUGUUUUAUUACUUUUUUCGUAUCUUGUGCCUUGGAUAUUAAAUCUGUAGUAUAUUUUAAUGGCUAAAACAUACAUUGAUAUGAAUUCAUACCAUUUUGUAGACAGAAUGCUGGUAGACUUAUAAUGUAGCUAGUGAUCGAAAAUAUUUUUUGAAGUGCUAUAUUAUUGGUUUAAUAUGUGUGCUUGUGUUUAUUUUGAUAAUGACAAAUGUACCUUUAUUGUUUUGUACCUUUUUGGUGGUCCUUAUGCCAAGACAGAUUUGCUGAAUGAUGUUUUGUAAAGUCAGCAAGUUGCAACUGAAUUAAAUGGUUACACCCUACCACUCCAAAA